AGGCUUUAUUUGCGGGAACGACCCCAUGAUGUUCCGGACCAAGACAGAUUUUUGUGGUCGAUCCCCAUUGUGUUGGUGCGGCAAGACCGGAUGAACUUUCACAACACCACCCCUAUGGUUUGGAUGAUGAAGGAACGGGAAAUUGAAAUAGCCAAUCUACCCGAUGAGAAACACUUCAUCAUCGUCAAUCCGGAGGAAAUUGGCCCAUUUCCCGUCAAUUACGAUGCCGAAAACUGGAAACUUCUGGUCGAGUUCCUGCAAACAGACGAAAGAACGAAAAUCCCAGUAUACACGAGGGCCAAGCUGUUGCACGAUGCCUGGAAUCUGGCAUAUGCGGGCGAUUUGAACAUUACCAUCGCACUUAACAUGACGCUCUUCCUGCGAAACGAACGUGACUACUUGGCCUGGGAUCCAGUCUUCACAAUGAUCGACCACAUUGGAAAGCACAUCGACGACUUGUUGGUUUGCCGUCAGUUCGAGUAUUACGUUAAAAUGUUGCUCACUCCUCUCUAUGAAGACCUCGGAGAAGUGCCGCAGCCUGGAGAGAGCGAGGGCACGACCCACCUGCGCAACACUGCGAAGAUCUUUCUGUGCCAGGCCGGCUACGAGCCCUGCAUCGACGAGGCGAACAAGGAGUUUCACAAAUGGAUGGAAAGUGAGAAUCCGGACGAAGGAAAUCCAGUGGCCAACCAAUACAUUUGCCCGGUCUUCAAGUGGCGCAUGUUCACAGAAUGGUUGUUCGGCCUGGAACGGUUCAUCAACUUUCCUAAAACCCGCAAACGAAGCGAGAGAACUUAUCUGCUGAAAACGUUGGCAGGCUGCCCGCGUUACUCCGGGAAGAUAGAGUAUCUUCUAAACCUCACACUGCUGCAGCGAGACGGAAACUUCAGCGACAGCGACCUCUACCUCAUCUUGAGCAUGCUGGCGGGAAGCUCCAGUGGAUACAACACUCUAUUCGACUACCUCGUUAGCAACUGGGACGAGAUAAAAAAAAACUUUGCAGACAAGCCCAUGCUCUGGAACAGCAUCGUUGCAUCAGCAACCGGCAGCUUCAAGAGCCAUACUGGCUUGGAGCUGGUGUCCCAAUUGUACCGGAAAAGACAGUCGGAAUUCGGCAAUGCGGACUUUAUCGUCGAAAAAUCUUUGCGAAACAUCAAAGUGGAAAUCGAGUGGACCGACAAAAAUAUUCCGGCUAUGGAAAGAUGGCUGUUGGCCAACGACAAGGAAUAAUAUUACGGUCUGCCCAGUGUUAGUUAUGUUUGGUGUUAACAAUUCAAUAAAGUUCUUAGAUAAUAGAUAA